AUGGCAGCAUACAGGGCUGCAGGAGCAGCAGAGGAUGUGGCUGCACGCACAAGCAGCACGGGCCGUACAGCAGGGGUGGCACAGGCCACAGCAGGGGCGGCAGAGACCGCAGUGGACAGAGCUGCAGGCACAGACGGCACGAGCCGGAUAGCGCGGGAAGCUCGGGUAGCAGGAGCGGCACAGGCCACCGCAAGGGCGGCAGAGACCACAGCAGGAGUGGCACAGGCCACAGUAAGGGCGGCAGAGACCACAGCAAGAGUGGCACAGGCCCCAGCUGGGAUGGCAGGGGCUGCAGAUAGGGCAGCAGAGGCUGCUGGAAGGACACUGCGAGCUGUGUCAGGGGGGGCAGGACCUGUGGCAGAGGGGGCAGCUCCUGGGUUGGUGGGUGUAGUUGCGGAAGAGACUGGGAGAGCUGCAGCACACCAGGCAGCAGGGGAUAAAGCGGCAGCCGCCGCAGUUGUCGCGGCUGCUGAGGCCGCUGCGGUAGCGGGCAGCAGUGCAGUAGAGGCUGCAGCGGGGGGGGCAGUAGCAGAGAAGGGUGGUGUGGUGGGGAUAGCUGUAGAGGCUACAGCAGUGGUAAGUGCAGCAGGGGGGAGUGCAGCAAGAGGGCGGACAGCAGGAACUACAACAGGUGAGAGGGCUGGGGGGGCUGAAUUGGGAGAGAGUGUGGCGGGGGCGGGUGCCCCGGCCGCAGCGGGGGAGGGCACAGCGGGGGCUGCAGCGGGAGAGGGGACCGCAGAGGCGGCACAGACAGACGAGGGGGCUGCAUCCGCCGCAGCAGCUGGGGCUGCAGCCGAAGCAACAGAGGGAACCAUGGCACGGCCAGCAGGGGCGGCAGAGGCCGCAGCAGGUGCAGUAGAGGCCAUAGCAGGGCCGACAGAGGCUGUAUCUGGAGCGGAAGAGGCCGCAGAAAGGGCUGGCAGUAAAGAGCCAGCAGGGGGGGCGGGCUCAAGGGACAUAGGGGCAACAGGGGCAGGAGGGGUGGGUGGGGUCCCAACCAGGGGAGUUUUUGGAGGAGGGGAAGUGAUAGUGAGGGACGAGGAUGCGAUAGAGGACGGGAUGCACAUCGACGGGCCACUGGCCCAAUACCUCACACCUGACGGUGAGGCCGACCCAGCCCCCCUGCAGCCUCAUGACGAGGUUCCCCCUUUCCCCCUUAUGCCCAACCCCAUGCUGGCAGAUGGACCGAUAGAGGGGCUGGAGGAGAAUUUGAGGACAGAGCCUCUCGGGGGCGCUCCCAUCCUUACCCCUCAUCCUCCAGCCCACCCCCCCCCCCCCCCAGGAGCACCACAUCCCCGCCCCCACCCUCGGGGGCUCCCUGUAGCGUCCUGGGGGGCAGCCAAGGCCCUGGCCUUCUUGGCAGAGCCGUGCUCCCCGACCCCUACGCAGUGUUUUGGCCAGCCCCCCCCUCUUCCCACAACGCCUGACACCACGCUUGCAGACGGUCCGCCAGGAGAGCACGCGGGCACAGCGAGGGCAGAGCCUCCCACACUCAGCCCCAUCCUUGCCUCUCACCCCUCCUCGGCCCCUUCCUCUCCCCUAAGAGCAGCACACUCCCGCCCCCACCCUCAGGGGCUCCCUCUAGCAUCACGGGGAGCAGCCAGGGCCCUGGCCUUCUUGGCGGAGCUGUGCUCCGCGACCCCUAACACCAUCCAGUCACCCCCCACCAGCCCACUACCCCCACCCCCUCCGGGUCCUCCCACACCCGGGGCUAAGCACAUUUCAGAGGGAGGCGACGACACCGUGGGCGCGGGGCCCACCGGAGGGGCCUCCAGUGGGAGGGGCUCUGGUGCCAACUUACAGCAUGCGGGCACAACCUCUGAACCUCAUUCCCCCCUCAAUCCCCCCCCUUCCACCACGCAGCCACCACAGACCUCACUCCCUCCACCGCAAACACCACGCCUUAACCGCUACAUUGCUCCAGCCCUUCGCCCCCCACCCACAACCCCCGCCUACAGCCUGCCUCACCACGAGUGGCCCCGUUGGGCAGUCAUCGCCCCCCACAUACAGCCCACCACGGAGGCCUCUCAGCCCGCCCCUCCCUCACAACCAGACAGGGACAACCAAAAUCAGGUUGGCCGUCGACGGAAGAAGAAAGGCAAAGGCGGCAAGGGGCCAGCUCACCUACUCCCCCCUCCCUCCCUUCCCCUCCAACUGCCCCUCCUCACCCCACAUCGCACUGAACCUGCACCGGGCCCUACCCCUGUAGGCCAACCACCAAACUCACACCCCCCUCCCGUACCUGCCCCUCCACAAGGCCAUGGGAGCGAUCCAGCCCACUCUCCCCCGGGCCGCCUCUCCCUUCCUCUAAACCCCCCCCAGGUGGCGGCAGCCGCGUGCGCUGCCGGGAUGGAGGCCGACGGGAUGAGGGAUGCGCCCAUGGCAGACGCCACCGACUCCCCCUCCCAUGCCUCCCACCCCAUCCAUGUCGACGGCCCCCUACCGCAACCCAUGGUGAUUGGGGAGGGCCAAGGGGGCUUUCUAGGGCAGGCCAGACGCCCGUCCCCGAUGGAGACGGACCUGGUUCCGAGGCCGUGUCACUCGCACCGAGACGUGGUGGCGCCUCCCCCUGUUCAGCCCGUUGCCGUGUCACAGGAGGGAACCAGCUUUAGGGAUGAGGCAUCCGCCCCUGCCGAGACCCCUCCGCCUGGGGUAGCGGAGCCGCCAUUUGGACCGCACCACGCCGACGGACAGGGGCACACCACGGCACACACUUCAGGCUCACCUCCACUUCCCCCCUCCCUAGCUUCGGGACCGGCCGCCCAUGGGGUCCCCUCUACAGCCAGUUCAGACGCCACGGCCCCGAUCUACCCCACCGACACGGCGACAUCACCCGACCAGGUCGUGAGAUGCCCCACCUGCAGGAGCUCUAUCGCGAACCGACGCGCGCUUCAGCACCACACGCCCUUCUGCCAUCCUGCGGACGCAGCUCGUAGGGCACAGGCCCUCCACGACACCUCAUCUGUCCUCCCAUCCCUCUCGGAGCCACAGGGGACGAGGACGCAUUUCACAUAUGCACAGUGGCAGACGUUGGAAUACUUCGAUUGCGUCCCGGAUCGUCUCGAGAAGAUGGGGAGGGUGCUACCUUGGCUCCCGAGGUUGCGCCAGCCCCAGACAGCAGCUCGCCUUCUUUCGGCAUGUGUCAGCACUCGCCCGCAGUACCUGUCGAGGACUGUCCCUCCCUCGCCCGCAGUGCUCUCCAGCUUCGCACGCUGGGACGCACGCCUGGGAGAGACUUUUCAGCAGCUUUUAGCGUCAGGGACCUGGGCAUGCUGCGAGGACGUCAGAGAUGCCGCCAGCGACCAGAUCUUCCUCCCCAUCCGCCUUGGGGGUUUCGGCAUUCGUCGCAUGGAGCGCAUUGCCCCGAGCUUUGCUUCCGGUGAGACGGAGCAGAUCGACCCUUCCCUACGGACGACGCUGGAGGGCCUUCCACCUGACAUCCUCUCUCUCCUCCCACCCUGGCCCUCUUGUGCCUCUACCUCCCCCGAUUCCCUUUUUGCAGGAGCGAGCCGCCUUCUGGAGGCGCAUGCCUUGGAGGCCGGACAGCCGGUGGUGGGAGAGGGGACACGGGCUGGGGGACCACUGGAGCAGAGGGCUGAGGCGGGACAGCCGGGCGGCGGGGCACAGUGGGGACAGCAUCAGCUGCGGGGUCGGGUGGCGCGAGGGGCAGGUGGGCAGAGGGGACGGCAGGGGGUGCAGACCAGCCAGGGCGGAGAGGGGGGACAGCAGAGGCAGCAGCAGGAGAGCCAGCACAGGUCGCAGGGUCAGGGCGCCGCGCCUCAGGGUGUGGGCUCGGGGGUGGGGCAGGGACGAGAGCAGCAGAGAGCGGACGGGGGUACAGGGGGGGCGGGGAGAUUGGGAGGUGAGGUUCAGGGAUCACACCCCCUGCCCCCUUAUGCAAUCCGCUCCCCCUGCCCCUACCCUCCGUGUGCCCGUUCCCUCGCCGCCCCUUUUGACCCUCCCUGCCCCCCCGUCGCCGUUUCCCACCGCCCGCCGUUCGUUCCUCCCCACCCGUGCCCUCCACUCGUUUACCUUCUCCUUCCCCUUGCUAACCUACUCCACUCCCUGCCUCUCCUCAAUCUGCACCCUGCCCCUCAUUUCUCGCCCCCCAGCGCUUGGUUUCUCCCCUCUCUGCCCCUUGCUGCUUUUCUCCGCUCCCCUCCCCCCCCCUCUCCCUGCCCCCCCACUCUCCCCCCCUUGCCCUUGGCUUUCCACCUCCCUGCCCCACGUUCUCCCCCUCCCUGUGCUCAGCUUCUCCCCUCCCUGCCUCUACCUCCUCCCUGCCCUGCCCCUCAUUUUCCGCCACCCCACGCCCGGUUUCUCCCCUCCCUGCACCUCCCAUUCUUUCUCCGUGCCUCUCCUUUGUUCCCUCCCUGCCCCUGGCCGCCCAUGCCCCUGUCCAUGGUUUCUCCCCUCCCUGCCCCACGUUUUUUCCCUCCCUGA